AUGAUGCCAGCCCUGGCCGCCCAGCGGCGGGGCUGCCGCGGCCUCUACCGCCUGUACCUGCGGUGCCAGGCGGCGCCGCGGCCCCGCGCCUGCCACGGAUGGAAAGCUUCAAUGAAAAGUGGGAGCCUGUCUUAUAUUCUGCCAUGCAAUCGCCUGCCCAUGCAGUUGAUGAGUCAAGUGAGAGUUUACACAUCCAAUGGUCAGAAAAAAGAUCUUGGAUCAGAAGAUACAAAUAGAUCAGCCCGUGAAGAAACACUAAAUAAGGCUGAAACAGGACAAGAUACAACCAAUGCAGGUCAAAAGCAGUCUUCACCUAAACAGCCAAUUCAAGUAAAAGUGAAAGCAGUCCUUAAAAAAAGAGAGUACGGACCAAAAUACACCCAAAAUAACUUCAUCACUGGAGUCAGAGCAAUAAAUGAAUUUUGUCUUAAGUCCAGUGAUUUAGACCAGCUGAGGAAAAUUAAACGACGAAGUCCCCAUGAUGACACUGAGACUUUCACCGUAUACCUGAGAUCAGAUGUAGAGGCAAAGUCUCUUGAAGUUUGGGGUAGUCCAGAGGCUCUUGCCAGAGAAAGAAAACGGCGUAAAGAGGCAGAGAUCAAGUACAGAGAAAAUCUAUUUAGAAACCAAAGGCUGUUGUGGGAAUACAGGGAGUUCUUUGGAAAUACUAAGCCACGCUCCAGUACAGCAACUAUGUUUUUCAAGGGACCAGGGAAGGUGGUAAUGGUAGCUAUUUGCAUAAAUGGGUUGAAUUUUUUCUUUAAGCUACUUGCUUGGGUUUACACGGGUUCUGCAAGUAUGUUUUCAGAAGCCAUACAUUCUUUAGCAGACACAUGUAACCAGGCAUUGCUAGCUUUGGGCAUCAGUCAGUCUGCAAGGACACCUGACCCUAGUCAUCCGUAUGGUUUCACAAACAUGCGCUACAUUGCCUCCCUGAUUAGUGGAGUAGGCAUUUUCAUGAUGGGUGCAGGACUUUCUUGGUAUCAUGGGAUCAUAGGUUUACUCCACCCUCAUCCUGUAGAAUCUCUUCUCUGGGCAUACUGCAUUUUAGCAGGGUCAUUGGUAUCUGAAGGAGCUACCCUUCUUGUUGCUAUAAAUGAAAUUCGCAGGAGUGCUCGUGCCAAGGGCCUGUCAUUUUAUCAAUAUGUUGUGCAGAGUCGUGAUCCUAGUACAAAUGUGGUGUUACUGGAGGAUGCUGCAGCAGUUUUGAGCGUGGCAGUAGCUGCUACCUGUAUGGGUCUGACUUCUUUAACAGGAAACCCAUAUUAUGACAGCGUGGGGUCUCUAGGUGUUGGAACUUUGUUAGGAACUGUCUCAGCAUUUCUAAUCUACACUAACACUGAAGCCCUGCUGGGACGAUCCAUUGAACCUGAACAACUGCAGCGACUCACUGAGUUACUGGAAAGUGAUCCUGUAGUAAGAGCAAUUCAUGAUGUUAAAGCCACAGACAUGGGAAUGAGCAAAGUGAGAUUCAAGGCAGAAGUAGACUUUGAUGGACGUGUUGUUACUCGGUCUUACCUGGAAAAACAAGACAUUGAACAGCUGCUACAAGAAAUUCAGCAAGUGAAAACCCUUGAAGAAUUAGAAGCCUUCAUGCUUAAGCAUGGUGACAAUAUCAUUGACACACUGGGAGCUGAAGUAGACAGACUUGAAAAGGACCUGAAGCAACGAAAUCCUGAUGUUCGUCACGUGGAUUUGGAGAUACUAUAGAGGCGAACAGAAGAAAUCUUCAGGUUGCUACUCCUUUGGAAAGAAGUCACAUAAAGGGCUGAAAAGCUUCUGAAAUUGCAGUGACCUCAGCACCAUACCUCGCUUACUUAUGCUGUAGGCUUCCUGGACUGUAAGCACUGCUUCUGUUUCUGGAAGAGUGCUAGACUUGCAGACAAAAAUUUCCAUGGCAAAAUCAGUUUUCAAAAGCUACUUGAGUUAAAUUCCACAGGAGAGUCUGUCUGAAUAUAUUUACUGUGAUUCAGAACUUAAGACUUGAGAUUUAGUUAGGCAAAUACAGCUGCCUGAAACUAUAUAACACACUUAGUUUUCCAUUUGUGUCCCUUUACAGUCAGUUUGCACUUCUUUAGUUUCUUUCAAGAUAUCAUUAAAGGUUCUUGGGAGAUAUUAAGAUUAACUAGGAGGAGUUUGUUCCAGUGGAACCUGCCAACCUUAAACUAUUUCAAUUGUGCAAUUGUUUCAUAGUUUUUCUUUUCUAUGAGAUAAAUUCUUCCAAACGGGCACUGGCCUUCUCUCAAGUACUGUGACCUGGAAACCUGCUUUUUGCCACCAUUACGAUUACCAAGAUUACCAACUGCACUUCAGAAAAAUAAGAUUUUUCACCUCAGUGGAGCCAGCUGUAUGGGUUUAGCCAGAGUAUAUUAAGCUACUGUGAAAAAUUACUGUGUACGAAUUUUGGUGCACUUCCUCUUUUUAGUUUUGUUCUUUUUUUCCCUGCUCUGACACUUGUUUUCUUAUUUGUAAUUAUCUUCAGAUGUAAUCUGAGGGAUAUUUAUGGUAGCGCUUAUUAAAAGUUACCUAGCAUUUUUGGCUUUUUAUAUUUUAAUAGGCUCUAUUGCCAGAUAUGGUCUUUUCUAGAAGGUGGCGAGAGAUGUAGUUGGAAUACACAAUAGUAAAAAAUGAACUAUUUAUAAUUAAACAAAUGAAUACAUUGUAUUCUUAAUUUAUUUAUCUCUAGAUAUUAUUUGUUAUCUGAAUUCAAAACCAUUUUGUUUUUUAAAAGUUGACCGUACUUGUUUUGGAAAGUAAAGUAAUUCUAUCAGUGGUCCUCAACAAUCCUGAGAUAAGGUCUUAGUUUAUAACUUUGAAAUAUAGAUUUUAGCACUGUAUAUAAUUGGCCUCAAGGCUUUCUGCAGUAGGUACCCAAGUUGUACCAGACUCUUUGAGACCCAGUCUUUAUUAAUAAGGCCACAAGAGUAUUGAGCACAAAGUUGAAAUAUAAGUGGAAUAACUGUAUAUAAGUAACACUGAGAAAAUUUGUUUAUGCACUUUAACAUAAAAUUUGCUCAUGGGUGAAAGGUAGUAAUAAGACCAUCCUAGUAACUCAGUUGCUGAAUAAUGACUGAAUUGCUGAAAGAAGAAAUGUUCAUAUGAAACACAAGUCUUCAAGAAUCAAUUUAAAAUUAAAUUGUAAGCAUUGCAGCAAAUAAUUUUGGAGACAAAUAUGUCCAGAUUUGACUAAAAGCUUUUUAGAAUUUUUUUUUCAUACUAAGUGUCACUUACCAGUGAAUUAUGAGAAUUUAAAAUAGCAUGCCUUUUUGGCAACUGCAAAGCAUUUUGCAUGCUGGUCAUUUUAAGUAGAAAAACAUUCCAGAGUUAAGUUAUUCUUCAGUACCUUUGUCCAUCAUCCCUAUUCACUGGUGGCUUCUUUAUAGUAUAAUACCUUACUAUGGCUAAUUCAAAAAAAAGCUUGCUUUAUCUGGUUUUCUCCUAUUGUAGAACUAGUUAGUAUAUUUAAGCCUGAUGAUUUGAAAUGCAGUUUAAAGGUAAUUUGGAAGUCUCCCGUAUCAAAUAUUAAGGCAUAUUUUAGCACCUUAUAAAUAAUUUACCUUCUCACCUUGCCAUGUAAAAUUCAUCUCAUCUCAGUAUGCACUCUGCUGGUAUUAGUCUUAUUCAUGAAGAGCACUGGAAUCUGGUAACGCAUACCCUGUUUUCUUUUCCCUAGAAUCUUUUUAUAGAUUUUAAAUUUGAAUAAACGUGUUAGUAAGCCAGUCAUUCCAGAAAUCUUAAAAACCUGAAGAGAAAUAAAACUGGGAAAAUAUUCUUCCUGUGGAGGUUAGUGAAGACAGCCAGUGUGAUCGAAGUGGUUUGUGUGCUGGAGUUACUGAUGAAUGAGUAGUGCCAGUAAGCACUUUGCAGGGCAGAAGUUUCCCUGCAAGGUUAGUAAAUGUUAUCUCAAUAGCAAAGGGUUCCCAUAUUGUUUUCAAGAAAAGACAUGAGUUUAUAUUCUUACAGGACAUCUGCUCCAAGAGCCUAUAAAAAUGUUUUUUUUAUUCAUCAGAGAUGUAAUUCAUGUGAAUUCUGAUCCUAAUUUCUUUAUUUGAAUCAGAAGAAUACUCAUCCACACGCCUUUUGUUUGUAUUCCAAGAUAGAAUUCACUUCCUUGUUUCCCAGUUACAUUAUUAAUUAUAGCAACACAGUAUGUUAAAUUUAAGAAGCCAGAACUUGAAUGUUUUUAGGUAUAUUACAGUCAAGCAGUUUGAGGACCCAGUUCCAUUUUUAAAGUGCCCUGGAUGGUGAUGUAGCACAAAAGGGCAUGCAGACUGGUUUCAGCAGUACCCUGUAAGUUUACAUGUCAUGCAGGAUGGAAAAUACUGAUUCAUGUAGCCUGUCAGGUUGGAAAGGAAAAGUAAUUCCAAGCUGUUACAUUUUAAUUUUUAUGUUAGAAUUUGCAGAUUGCUUUUAACACAUUUGAUAUUUUUACUGCUUUUUUCGUUAACUGUGUUUAUAGUAAAAAACUUGAGGUGAUGUGGGUCCAGGACUUAGUUUACUUUUGUUUUAAUGUUUUUUUGGGGAAAAUUAUUAGCAAAUACAUUUACAUUAUAGAAUCCUCAGAAUUAAAGAAAACUUAAAAAGUGUGGAGGAGUGAAUUUUUUCUUUAUCACAAAUGCAAUUGCAUGAUGAUUCUUUUUGGUUGAUUUUAAAGAAAAGGAGUAGGGAUUUACCUACCAAUGAAGUUAUAUUCUAGGAUUUUUUCAAUUAAAGUGUGGUGUUUUAAAAUAAUUUAUUUUUGUAGACUGACCUUGCAGGUUCUGUUUUUUCAAAUUGUGUUCAAAAUAAUACUGCCCUCUCUGCUUUGUGGAAGAUUGCUUACAUGCUGUGCAGUGUCUCAUAAUUCUCUAAAACUUGCAAUGUGUGAAAAAAAUUGUCUUUGUGUUCCAAUAUACUGAAUGAUCUUAUGUAUUUUAAGUCCAGGUUGGCUGGAUGCUAAUAAUAUGUUUUUCUGUAGAAUUUUUUUUCUGUAAGAGGUAAAAUUUUGAAGUGAUUAUCUUUCUCCCAAGAAUGAAUUUCAAGUCUAAAUUUCUCCUUUAUACACUGGAAUUCAGUAUUUGAUGUGGUCUCCCUCUCCCCCUCCACUUUCUAAAGCAUUUAUUAAGGGUUUGGUAGCAGUAAAUAUUCCAGUGGAGUACUGUAUUUCAGGGACUGUUAGCCGUUUUGUUUGCUGGUCUAGAAGUAGUGGGGAUUUAGGGAACAGGAGAACAUAUAAGGAAAAAUUUGCAUCCUUCACCUUCUGUGACUCAGUUUUGGACUGAAGGUUUUUAGGCUCUGUUUUUUUCCUUCCCUGAAUUCCCACACAGCUUUUAUUGCUUUUUUUAAACGACUCUUACUUUUAGAGGAGCAAGCCAUUAUGAACAUCUUAUGUUUUUAACAGCAGGGCUAAAUUCUACUCUUAGUGUCUGGAUUUUGUACUGUACUUCUUGUUCAUUCAUAGUUGACAAUAAUGAUUGCUGUUUUAAAAGCCACAAACCAUGUUAGCCAAAACUGAGUUUUCUGAUUCAUGGUAGGUGCAGGUUUUUUAGUUAUGUCUGCAGACUCAGUUUUUAUUGAGAGAUUUUUACUGCCCCCUCUUUGAUAAGGGAGAGUACAGGGUAGGUUUUUAGGCAUGUUUUGUCUAGAUUGUACACUAAUUGCAGUUCUAUGUUCUCUCUUUUAUCAUUUCAGCUGAUUUUUCUGUAACAAAAAAAAAAUAUACAUUAUAGAAGUACCUCUAAUAAUGAUGAGUGCAUCAAAUACAGGCAUCAUGCAAGAGUUUUUAGGCCUUUAUUGAAAAUGUGGUGAUUUUUGAAAAAUCUCAAUGAAGUAAUCCUUUUCCUAAAGUCGAUUUAGAUAUUUUCCUUGUAGAAGAAACCACAGAAGCAUAUUGUUUUAAGAUUUGAAAGCAAAAUGUUUCCUCUUACAGUCAUAUGUUCUUAAGGCAUUUUGUCUUGGUAGAACAAUUGAUAAGUAUUGACUCUUGUACAAAACCUUUGCUUCUGCCCAUUCCUUAAGGCUUACAGAAGUGAAUAUAAAAUGACAGUGUUAAUUUUUCUUCUAGCUUAAGUAUUGUGCUGCCUCUGUUCUUAUUGCUAGUGAAAUAGAGGGUACCACUAACAUCUUCCUUGCAGUUUACCUGUGUAAUGUAAAUGAGAAGUUGAGACGUACCAAAAAGAUUUUUUUUUUUAUAGAGGGAUUGUGCAGCUUAAGUAAUUUUUCCUUUCUUGUUAGUGACAUACAAAUAAGUAAGAUCAAAAGUAGGCUGAUCUUUAUUACAUAAAAAAAAAAAACAAUCCAAGCUUUAAAGCACAGUAGUCAGAUUUUUUGAAAUGCAUGUCCUUUGAGGAAAAUAAAAUGUGCCAGGAGCUAUAAGUGAUUAUAUGGACUAUAGAAACUGCAGUCAGUCAGACUUUGCUGAAGCAAAACCAAAUAAACUAAAAGUGUGUGGUAAAAAGAAAGGAAUAUAAGGAAGGAAAAAGACCUAACAUGUCGAGCACUUGGAAAAAGGAAAGGAUGAACACAAUCUAAAAAACUUGUCCAGAAAUGAGAAAUUAUGAUUGGAGAAGAAAGGAACAGUAAGAAAUUAAUAUUUUAUUAGAAUGCAUAAAACUAGGUAGUGUGACAUUCCCUUUCUUUUAGCAAUAUUCCAGUGGUUGGAUAAUUGCUUCUUCUCACCCCCAGCAAAAACUCAUCCUUUUUUUUCCUGUGCUGAAAAUCAGUGCCUCUGUUUAACUGUGUCCUAAUAUGGUGUUCAGCCUUGCAGGUACAAAUCUAUUUGUCCUCUGAAAACUUAGUUUUACUGCUAAGGGUGAUGGUGUAAUCUCAGUCUGGAGCUUUGUUGGUGAGGUAUGUGUUUGGUGAGUGGAGGGUGAGUAAUGUUAAUUGUGGAAAUGGGAGCUGGAGUGAAUUAAAGAGAAAAUGAAUCAAUUCUUUUAGACAGAAAAUGAUUGAACCAUACUGAACAUGUUAUGGAAAAAAAGGGUGCUCUGUUCUAAUGUCUACAGAAUUCUUGUAGUGGACUGUAAUCAUUGGUGAAUACGUUAGUCCGUAUUUUUCAAGUUGCUUAAAUAUCUGUGGAUAAGCAAGAUUUCUAAUUAAAUAACAUUAUGAAAAGAAGCUAAAACAUUUAAAAUAUAAUGUGAAAAUGAUGUAUGUUUUUUAAAUACCACAGACAAAUACUAUAGCAGAUUACUAUAGAUAGGUGGAAAAUAUUCUAUAUUACAUGAAGUACUUCUGGACAUUUUUUUUCUCUGUGUAAGUUAAAGCCACCAAUUAAAAUAAAGAGUCUUAGUUACUUUUUAAAAGUAUUAUACUGACAGUAAGCCCACUCAAAUUUUUGUAUAGCCAACAUUCAAAGUGCUGUUAUGGGAAGAAAGUGUCUGUUAAAAUAGUGAAAUACAGGUCCACACUCUAGCAUAAGUUUGAUUUUUGUAAUCUAAAUUUAGACUAAAUUUAAAACUUUUGAGGUUGUGAUCAGCUGCUUCAAAUCUGAAGUCAGAAGAAAAGCACUGCAAUGAUGUAUAUAUGAUGUAAUAUAAAGGGGAUUUUGUAAGUUUCUCUUCAAAUUAAAUAUGCUGAAGGACUAAGUGAGAAGCAUUUGAAAAAUGCCUAAAGCAUUUGGAAAGCAUUUUGGCUAUUGCCAAAAUUAUAUUAAAUUUGAAACUGAACAGUGAGGAUUGUCACUGGUGGUAGAACUUUCAAAAGGCAAUGUCAAAGUUGAAAUCCAUUUUUCCAUGCAACCUCUUAAUCAAAUUCAUCACUCUCCCUCAUGUCCCCCCCCCCCGCCCCUCAGUCGCCCUUCUUGCUUUUUGGUGUAUUGGCUUUUUCAUUCUGUGUCUUGGUUACUCCAUAUUAGUAUGGGGAAGUCAUUUUGAUUUGUGAGGUGUAGACAUUUAAAUACUUAUCUGCAUAUGUUCUUUGUUUUGUAAUUACACUUGAAUUCGGUACAUUCUGUAUCAUGUCUGGAACUUGUAAUUGCUCAGUAAAAUGUUACAUAGCCAGUAAAGGUUGCAUUCUGUUAAUUUAAGCAAUUGUAUAUAUAUUAUAAAGGCAAGCACUAACAAUGGCUUUAGGCAGCUGAUGAUUUGUUAAAUUUCUGAAUUCAAAAUGCAUACAACUUUUAUGGAUGCAAAACAAAGGUUAUAUCCAUCUAUUUGCACUAGUUAUUCAGUCUGCCUUUGUGAUGCUGACAGUGCACGCACUGAUGAAUAGCAUGCAGUUGGUGAGGGAGCAAUAUGCCCAGUUAGCCAAGCUCUGUUUAUUAAUACUCUGUACUUUAUGACAACUCUGCCUUUUAUCCUAUUCACCCCAUCUUCAAAAGAGUGCAGUUUCUUCCCCAUUACAGAGAAAGCUCUUUCUGCCUGGCUCAGAGCCCCCACUGGCACUGUGUCCUGUUUGGACUACCUGUCCUGAUCCAGACGUAAGGAUGAAAUGAAGAAAGUUAGUAAUACAGAUGGGCUGCAUGUCUCUGUAUAGUCAUGGGCAUGGGGAAAAUUCCUUGAAGAGGUUGGUUUUAUGUAUUAGAUUCAUAUAGUAACUGUAGUUUCACAAUCCCAGCAAAGCUGUCCAAGCCUCUUAAGAAAAAGCUUGAAAUCAGUCAGCUUAGAAGGGAUUUAACAUAUUCUCUGAUUCAUUAAAGUGUUGCUUUUUAUCACUAAUACUGAUAAAACCAGUGAUUUAUCCAGUUAUGGAAAGAACUACUUGUAAUUGGGCUAAAGAAUCUGUAUGUGGUUGGAAAGAAGAGUCAAAAAUGCCAGAAGCCUGGGUGAUGAAGUAGAGAAGCUUGAAAAAUUUGGGAGUUUUUGUCUGGAUGGUAUCAGAUACCAGAAGUAAGGUGGUCAAGCAACAUAUUGCAGGAAAGAUUUUGGCUAUGCAGCAUAAUGUCCUGAUUGCUAAAGAUGUCUCUUUUCAUAGUUAAGAGACUCCCUUUUUCAAGGGAUGUUUGUCGUUUUGUUUUGUUUGUUUGUUUUCCUAAUGAACCAAGAUUUGCCUGAGCAGAGACAGGAGAGACUUCAGGGCCUUGUCUCUUGUCUAUUUGACGUCAAGUCCAAAUAUUGGACUGUCUUUUGGGCUGUCUGAAUAACCAGGCAAGUGGUAUCAGCCACUUUGAAAGAGGGAGAGAGCUCUGUGUUUUCACAUGAUGUAACUUGGAAUCCUCAAAAUGCUUUAUUUACCAUUUGUGGUAUUUGUUGAAAGGCCAUUCUUAAAUAAUCAUGUUAAGUUGUGGGUAAUGGGUUGAAAUGGGACCUUGCAGUUAGCUGGUUGGAGGUGAUCUUAACAGUGCUGUUCGAGAAUGAAUUUUGUCUGUCUUUCCUAGUAUUUUAUGAGGGACUUUAUUAAAAUAUCAUGAAAAGUAAA